AGGUCCCCGGCGUGGCCCGAUAAGAACGAGGUAAUUUCAGGUGGCAUGCCUCUAUAAAAAGAAACCUCCAUCACAGUAACGUCAUAUUUGUUCGAGUACGCACUUCGUCAAAUUCAACAUGAAGCUGGUAGUUAUUGCCGCCCUUUUGGGACUUGCCUACGGUCUUUCGAAGCGGGUGAACACCCACGGGUAUACGUUCCAACAGGUGGUUGACCACGUGAUCGCGGACACCGAUACUAAUCACGAUGGCCUUGUCAGCUUCACUGAGUUUAACGUCGAGUUGCUCGGACAGUUUGACCUGGAUGGGGACGGUCAAGUGACUCGUAACGAGUUUGUUACGCGCUGGACAGCGAAGUAUGGUGACAACCACCACGACACCAACAAAUUCUUCGACAACAUCGACCACAACCACGACCACAUUCUUAAUGAGGCCGAUCUCACAGCCCAGUGGUCCGAACUUAACCUGGGCAUUGGCCAGUUGUUGUCCGCUAGCCUUGGCACCCUCACCGAGAUCAGAGUGGACCAAUUCAGACACUUCAUUGAAUUGAACCAUCCUCACGGCCAUGGUAAUGGACGAUAAACUGUGUUGGUUUGAUGUCGAAAAUAAAAAGUUCAUAGUGUUA